ACUCCAUCGAUCCACCCAGCCGCCAGCACAGCACCGGGGAGCGGGGACAGCGGUGGCAAGUAGUAACGUCUCCCUCGCCGUUUUCCUUUCCCGUCCUCCCCCCACGCCGAGUCCGGCCGAGAGGCGAGGAAAGAAAGGGACUCACGGGGAUAAAAUCCCAAUCCGGCCUAUAGGCGUCGCUGUACAGCGAGCACUUUGCACUAGGAGAGCGGAAAGCACUGCCCGCAUCAGUGUUGAGAUAUCCAGUCCAGCCGGCGCUUCGGGGAGGAAGACGAAGGGGGAACGAACCGGUGCACCUGGAGGACGACGGGGCACGCCGGCGGCCGGCGUCGGUGGGUGGGUUUGCGCGCGGAGGACGAAGGACAGAGAAAGGAGCAGUUGUGUAGUACGUUCUUGGACUUGGUGGAGUGGUUGCUCUGCUUUUUUCUCUCCCCGGUGUUCGUGGAGGAAUUCGCAGAAUUUGUUUGAACAACUAUGGCUACAAUUGAAGAUAUAGGUGUCUCUGCAGCUAUCAACAUACUGAGUGCCAUCAUAUUCCUGCUAGCAUUUGCUUUCCUCCGGCUACAACCUAUCAAUGACAGGGUUUACUUUCCGAAGUGGUAUCUCAAAGGUGCAAGACAAAGCCCAAGCCAUGGUGGUGCAUUUGUGCGGAAGUUUGUAAAUUUGGACAUGCGGUCAUACUUGAAGUUCUUAAGUUGGAUGCCUGCUGCUCUCCAAAUGCCAGAGGAUGAGCUUAUUAGCCAUGCAGGGCUUGAUUCAGCUGUCUAUCUGCGAAUCUACUUAAUAGGGCUUAAAAUAUUUGUUCCAAUUACAAUUCUAGCAUUUGUUGUUCUUGUUCCUGUUAAUUGGACCAAUGAUACCCUAGAAGGCAUGAAGGUAGAGCACAGUGAUAUCGACAAACUUUCAAUAUCCAACAUACCUUUUGGAUCGAAGAGGUUUAUAGCUCACUUGGUUAUGGCUUAUGCUUUCACAUUUUGGACAUGCUAUGUGCUGUUGCGGGAGUAUGAAAUAGUCUCAACAAUGAGAUUGCGGUUUCUUGCAUCAGAGAAACGCCGCCCAGACCAGUUCACAGUCCUUGUGCGGAAUAUACCACCUGAUCCAGAUGAAUCAAUUGGAGAGCUUGCGGAGCAUUUCUUCCUUGUGAAUCAUCCUGAUCACUAUCUAACACAACAGGUUGUGUACAAUGCAAAUAAGCUUGCUAAAAUGGUCAAAGAGAAGAAGAAGAUGCAGAAUUGGCUCGACUACUAUCAGCUGAAGUAUGAAAGAAAUACAACUACAAGGCCUACUGUUAAGACGGGUUUCCUUGGAUGUUUUGGUUCCAAGGUGGAUGCUAUAGAACACUACACAUCGGAAAUUGAGAGGAUUGAAAAGGAAGAAGCUGAAGAGCGUGAAAAGAUUGUGAAGGAUCCUAAGUCAGUUGUGCCAGCUGCAUUUGUUUCCUUUCGAUCACGGUGGGGUGCAGCAGUAUGCGCUCAGACACAACAAACCAGUAAUCCGACAGUUUGGUUAACUGAGUGGGCUCCAGAACCUCGUGAUGUGUACUGGGAUAAUUUGUCUAUUCCAAUUGUUCAUCUUACAGUUCGGAGGUUGAUAAUUGCGGUGGCAUUCUUCUUUCUGAACUUCUUCUAUGUGAUUCCAAUCACGUUUGUUCAGUCCCUCGCAAAUAUUGAAGGGAUUGAGAAGGCAGUUCCAUUUCUGAAGCCUGUGAUUGAAAUGGAUACUAUCAAAUCAUUCAUCCAAGGGUUCCUUCCCGGAAUUGCUCUGAAGAUCUUCCUUAUACUGCUCCCAAGCAUAUUGAUGUUUAUGUCAAAGGUUGAAGGAUUGACAUCAGUGUCUUCACUAGAGAGAAGAUCUGCAUCUAAGUACUAUAUCUUCUUAUUCUUUAAUGUGUUUCUGGGAAGCAUUAUCGCUGGAUCUGCUUUAGAGCAGCUUCAAAGCUAUCUUCAUCAGUCAGCAAACCAAAUACCGAGGACAAUAGGUGUAGCAAUUCCAAUGAAGGCAACCUUUUUUAUAACAUAUGUAAUGGUUGAUGGUUGGGCUGGAGUAGCUGGUGAAAUAUUGAGAUUGAAGCCAUUGGUAAUCUUCCACUUGAAAAACUUUUUUUUGGUGAAGACCGAGAAGGACAGAGAAGAAGCAAUGGACCCUGGAAGUAUUGGUUUUGAUUCAAAUGAACCUCAAAUACAGCUCUAUUUCCUACUUGGUCUUGUAUAUGCGGUGGUUACACCAUUUUUGCUUCCGUUCAUAUUGAUCUUCUUUGGGCUCGCCUAUGUGGUCUACCGCCACCAGAUAAUAAAUGUGUACAACCAAGAAUAUGAGAGUGCGGCUGCAUUUUGGCCAAGUGUUCAUGGACGUAUAAUCACAGCAUUGAUCAUAUCGCAGCUCCUUUUCCUUGGAUUACUGAGUACAAAAGGCGCCGGCCAGUCAACACCAGUGCUCCUUGUUCUUCCUGUAGUGACCUUCUAUUUCCACAAAUACUGCAAGAACCGAUAUGAACCAGCUUUUGUGGAAUAUCCAUUACAGGAGGCUAUGAGGAAAGAUACACUGGAGCGUGCAAGAGAGCCAGGGUUUGAUCUGAAAACAUACCUGGCGAGUGCCUACAUCCACCCAGUGUUCAAAGGCGAUGAUGACGACGAGAAAUUCUCCAUGGCUGAUGAAGUGGAGGCGGACCAGGUCCUUGUGGCAACUAAGCGACAAUCCAGACGGAACACUCCUGUCCCGAGUAGACACAAUGGCUCGGAAUCACCUUCCCUGCCUGAAAUUGUAAAUGAUCAACGACUAUGAUAGAAGAGUGGCGUCGUAGGUCUGUAGUUUCGUAUUGUAAAUCGAGUAAAGAGUACAGUGAUGCGUUUGGGUAUCGCUUGUUUUACAAUAAGGAGCAAUGGAACUGCCAAUGUUAAUUAUAUACGCACAAGAUUCCUUAGCCCUGUGUUUCCACAUGUAAAUCUGUCGGUUUAUUACUGCGAAGUAGAGCAACUGGCAACCAAGCCUUUUUUUGUGGUA